GCCCCCGGCCCGAUGGGCGUGGUUUUUGGGCGAGCAACAUGGCGUCCGCCAUGCUGGUGCUGGUGGUUCCGCCGUGGCCCGCAGCCCGGGGACUUCUCCGGAAUUGGUGGGAACAACUGCAACGGAAGCUUCAGCACAACCGGCUAGGCCUUCCCCUUCAUCCUUGGGGACCAGCAUUGGCAGUCCAAGGUCCAGCUAUAUGUACAGAACCAGCAAAUGAUACCAACGGAAGCAAGGCGAUUUCCAGCCUUUUGGAUAGUGUCUUUUGGAUGGCAGCUCCCAAAAACAGACGUAGCAUUGAAGUUAACCGGUGUAGAAGAAGAAACCCUCAGAAGCUUAUUAAAGUUAAGAACAAUAUAGAUGUUUGUCCUGAAUGUGGACACCUGAAACAGAAACACAUCCUCUGUGGCUAUUGCUAUGAGAAGGUGCGCAAGGAGACAGCGGAAAUCAGACGACAGAUGGGGAAGCAGGAAGGGGGCCCUUUCAGGGCUCCUACCACGGAGACCGUGGUGCUGUACUCAGGGGAGACACCCUCAGAGCAGGAUCAGGGCAAGAGGAUCAUUGAGCGAGAGCGGAAGCGGCCGUCCUGGUUUACCCAGAACUGACACCAGCCAUGUUUCAAGAGGAUAACGUCACAUAAGACAUUGCUCCCGAAAAAAAAAAAGAAAGAUUCUUUGUUGGUUAUGCGGUUUUCUUGGCUAUUCUUCAUUUUUAUGCUUGUUUUUAAAUCAUCAAUAUAGUUGAAAACAUUCUUUAUAAGCAGGUCGUCUUUUGUGGGGAAUUUGAAGCUUAUAUCAGGAGUAAUGUUUGCAGGUAUUGAUGCAGAGGCUCAGUGGGUCUGUGUGUCUGUUUCUAUUAUACUAUAAAGUUUUAUAAAACAAACAAAACAUUUCCAGGAUAGAAAAAUGAAGCUAUUUAAAAUUCAUAGCCCGCAUCACACAUUCGGGCUCUGGUUUUGUUUGCCAGUCGUUCUUCUGCACAAGAAUACUUAACACAAAUGCUUUUGUUUGGUUACAUCUAGAAAUGAGUUAUUUAAAUUCUAGAUAACGGUUUUUUUAAGAUGACAGUUGUAGCAGUCAGAAAAAGUUUGUUCUGUUUGUUUUUUUGUUUCAGCGAAUCAACAUUGCCUUCAUAUAUGGCACUUUAUAUGAACGUUAAUUGACUUAGAGGUGAGUCCUCGACAUUUUAUGUUAAAUCAGAAUGACGUUCAGAAUUCAUUAGAUGGUUCAUGAGAUUUGAACUUAAAGUUUUGAGAGUUUUUUUUUUUUUUUUUUAAGGAGAAGUCAGUGAAUCCGGUAGCACACAGAAAAUAUACUGAGGGGAUUUCCCUUGCGUUUUCCUUCUAGUUUAUUUUACAUUUCCUUUUAGUUGAUUUUUCUUUUUAUCAUUUUUUUUAUUUCCAUCGCCAUGGGCUUUUUACUUUGAACGUAAUUCAUUUCAUCUUUCCCUCUCCCUCCCCCAUUCCUGUGUCUACCCUGAGUCCAAGAUUUGCUGUUUCCUGCCUCAUUCAAAAAAAUAAUAAAAGCGAGAUAGUUUGUUAAAACACAAGGAGAAUUACAGUUGAAUGGAAAAUCAAUAGACAACAUUAGAUAAAGCUCAGGGAUAUGUUUAAAACAAAUCACAUGCUACAGUAGCCUGAAUACUUACAAGAAUUAGGUAGUGAAUUCAAGCCUGAACUUUAUUUCCCUUGAAAAGGACGUCCCUGGGAGUUCCUGCUGUGGCAGAAUGGGAUCAGCAUGUAUCUGCAGCGUCAGGACGGAGGUUCGCUCUCAGGCCCAGCACGGUGGGUCAAGGAUCCAGUGCUGCUGCAGCUGUGGCAUAGGUAACUCAGAUCUGGUCCCUGCAGGGCAGCCACAAAAAGAAAAGGAUGUCUGUGGAUAAGUCUCCACAGUCAAGGCAUAUAAUUGAGUGCCUCUGUCAUGGUACGAAGGCCCGAGAUAAGUUUUACACGGGCGUAAUCCGUGUUCACGUUCCUAGAAGUAAAAUGACCAAUUUCAAGCAGUACAGUGUAGACUGGUGAUGUGUUAGAAUGCGUUUCAGUGAAAGCAAAUGCUUAAAACUUCCGAAGUACUGGAGUCCCAGUAAAUAGCUCUCCGAAGACUUAGCUUGACCCACACACUGAUUCUAGAGUAAUCCGUUAUCUUCAUAUUCUUACUAAGACAGACCUCUGCAGAUACUUAAGUUUUACUCUGACAAGCUUUAAAAGUGCAGUGUUCACCUUUACUUGAGGUAGAAUCAGUGAUUCCUGAAAGUUACGGCGAACUAGGUACACACCUGAAUCUUGGCACCUGCAUCCUUGGCACCUCAGUUGACUGUCAGGUUGUGAAGUGUGUGUCUGGGUUAUGUGGUUGACAUAGCAGACAGCUACACAGAUACACCUAGUGAGAAUGUUUGGGCAGGGUCCCUUCUGUUUGCUCUUCUAGACAGAUAAAUGUUAUAAAAUGCAUCCCCAAAUUGGCAAAACCAGAUACUUAGUUCACAUCAGCAAAGCAUGUCAUAAAGGAGGAAGCGUGUCACUUUUUAAAAAGAGGUUGGCCCCACAAAGUUACCUUUACAAUAGAUUCUAUGGCUUAAUACCUCCAAUUUUUACUGUCUGGAAGAAAAAAAAAGGGCGUCAUGAGUUUGAAUUAAAUCAUAUAUGGAACCAAUUCAUUCAUGUUCUGAACGUUGGAAAUGACCCUCGUCCCCCCCCCCAUCUAGAUGUUGAGAGAGUUGCUUGUGGAGGGUGGGGUUCCAGUUGUGGUUGGGAGGGUGGGUGAGGAAGCGCUGUCCCCCUCUGGUUGGGAGCUCUCCCCUCCACUUCCCAGGCUCCUUUAUAGCCAGUUCCUAGCAGACUGCCAGGUUCUGAGACUAUGUCUGACUUCAGUGCAUUUCCCUGCAGAGAGUCCUCAGGAAUUCUGUUCAUCUCUUUCUUGAGCUGCUGCAGUGCACGUUGCAAUUAUGUUUCCAGUCUUUUAUUUCUCAUUUAUCUUCUUUAGUAGUUUGUAACUUACAAAAAUAAUACCUCACGCUAGGUAACGAAGCAAUACAAAGUACGUAAGUGAACACUUCAGACCUGGGUUUCUGUCACCACACCUGUCACACCACCGCGGGGUGUAUACUUCUAAAUGCUGUAUAGCCACGCAAUGGUUUCUGAAACAAUUCUGAUCAUGUCACUUCUCGAUGAAAACCGGCUCCUAACUAACCCUCUCCGGUGCUCUCAGGAUCUGUACAGGUCUGCGUAGCCACCUGCCCCUCAGUGCGGUGCACACGCCGCCCCCAGGUGGCUGGAGUCAUAACCACCUGGGGCAGAGAUGUGACCGACACCUUCUCAGCCUGCAUCACAACUCUCACUGUCCCCACUCGGCUUCCCUCUGUCCUUCCUCCCCGAGUCUCCUUCUGACUCCUCCCCUUCCCCCCAACCUCUAGAGUGCCUAGCGCUCCAUCCUUGGGGGAGCCUCAUACACUGUUACGGCUUUGAGUAGCAGCUCUAUCUUGGUGUCUUGCAAUUUGGUAUUUCUGGCUUGGGCUUCUCCCCCGAAAUCCAGACUCAUAUUCAGAUGUCUAACCAAUGUCUUAACUCGGCAUCCCCACUCAGAAUCUCCUCGCUCCCAGCCCUCCUGCCCCUCGCCCCGCCCCCCACCCCGGUCUCCUCCAUCUCAGUCCGUGGCCACUCCAUUCUAGUUGCUCAGUCAUCCUUGACUCUGGAUGACUCUCUGUCUCUCUCUCUUUGUUUUUCUCACACACCAUCUAUAAGUGCAGCCGCAGGUCGCCCUGGUUCCACAUUUGAAAUAGAUUCUAUAGGAAAAGAUGCUCAACAUCCUAAUUAUUAGAGAAAUGCAAAUCAAAACUAUUAUGAGCAUUAUGUUACACCAGCCAGAACGGCUGUCAUCAAAAAUGCUAUAAACAGUAAAUUCUGGAGAGGGUUUGGAGAAAAGGGAGCCCUCUUACAUUGUUGGUGGGAAUGUAGACUGGUAGAGUACAACCACUAUGGAGAAUAAUAUGGAGGUUCCGCAAAAACUAAAAAUAUAACUACCAUGGGAUCCAGCCAUCCCACUUCUAAGCGUCUGUCUGAAGAAAACCAUAAUUCAAAAAGAUGCAUGCACCCCAAUGUUCACUGCAGCAUUAUUCACCAUAGCCAAGACAUGGAAGCAACCUAAAUAUCCAUCCGCAGAGGAAUGGAUAAAGAAGUGGUAUGUAUACACAGUGGAAUACUACUCAGCUAUAAAAAAGAAUGAAAUAAUGCCAUUUGCAGGAACAUGGAUGGGCCUAGAGAUUAUCACACUAAGUAAAGUUAGUGGAAGACAAACAUGGGACAUCACUUAUAUGUGGAAUCUAAAAACAGGAUUCAAACGAACUUAUUUGCAGAACAGAAACAGACUUUGAAAACUUAUGUUGCCAAAAGGGACAGGUUGGGAGGUGGGGGGGUGGACUGGGGGUUGGGGAUUGGCAUCUAUUGGCGUAGGCAGACUGGCCAGUAGGGACCUGCUGUACAGCAUGGAGAACUCCACCCAGUAUUCCAGGAAAUCCAUGUGGGAAAAUAAUCUGAAAAAGAAUGAAUGUGUGUACACGUAUAACUGAGUCACUUUGUUCUAUGGCAGAAGUUGUCACACCAUUCUAAAUCAACUCUGUGUCAAUGAAACUUUAAAAAAUGAAGGAAAA